AUGCCUGGCUUUCACUACACCGGCCCGGGGUCCAACGUUACCAGGGCGGAACCGCCGUGGGAGGGAAAAGGGGUCCUGGGGGGUUGUAGGCGCAGCCGAAAGCGUUGGACGGGUGGCGGCUGCGGCGGGGUGUGGUGCCAACGGAAAGGGCAGCGCUCCGCGAAGGAGCCGCCGGACAUGGCCGCCCGCGCGUCGGUGGGAGCGUUCCUGGCAUGUAUCGUGGCGCUUGCGAGUGUCCACCAAGCGGCCGGAAAUGUGAAGUUUGUGAUACUGCACUUCAACGACUUCCACUCGCGGAUAGAGGGAGAGGAUGAGUGGCACGCACCCUGCCAGCAGUGGGUGAAGGAUCAGGGGAAAUGCCACGGGGGCAUAGCCCGCAUGAAGGCUGCAAUCGAUGCAGAGCGCAGGAAGGGGCUCCCAGUGCUUGUGCUCAAUGCUGGUGACGAUUUCAUUGGCACACAUUGGGAUUACGCCUACAAAGGCGGCGCCGCAGCUGUGUUCCUGAAUCAACUGAACAUCACUGCCUCGACUGUGGGCAACCACGACUUCGACUACGGGCCCGACCGGCUCACUCAGUACGUGAAGUCUCUGAAUUACCCCGUCAUAAGUGCGAACCUCAACCCCAACGGCCACGAGAUCGGGCACUACAUCAAGCCGUACAUGAUCACGGAGGUCGGGGGGAUGAAGGUUGGCAUAUGCGCAGUGGGGACGGAGUCCACCAACACGAAUUCGCACCCAGGCCCGGCCUACAUGGAGGACCACUUCUCAAAGGGCCGAGAAUGCGUGGACAAGCUCAGGAACGAUGAAGGCGUCAAAAUCAUCAUCCUUUUGAGCCACGAAGGCUACAACGCCGACCGUUACAUCGCAAGGGAUACGUACGGCGUGGACAUCGUCGUGGGCGGCCACAGCCAUGCAAUGCUCUGCAGUGGAGAAUGUCCACCCAUGUCAUGGGACGAUGGCUAUACCCACAAAGACGAACAGUGGGGCGACUACCCAACGUGGAUGUGGUCAGACACCAACCAGCGCAACAUUCCUGUGGUGCAGGCUGGCUGGGCUUCCAGGUACCUGGGCCGCCUGGAGGUCGAGUUUGACGACAAUGGAGAUCUCCAGUCGGCGAGCGGAUGGCCCAUGCUCAUGGGGGACUGGGGCAGUUCCAAUCACGUGGCUCCCGACCCCAGCAUCGAGGAGCAAAUUGCCUCGUGGAAGUACUGGUCGUGA